CCAAGAAUGAAAACACGGUUCAUUAAAUGGUAGAUUCGUUUAUUUAAAAAAAUAAAAAAUAAAAAAAACGCUUGUGUGUUUCUACAGCUAAGCUUGCUUAUUUGCUGAAAUUAUUUAAAAAACGUAGAAAAAAUGGGAGGUUCACCAUCAAAACCAGCAGAAACACCGGAACUGGAUCAACCAUGGAGAAACUUCGACUGGGGAGAGAAGGACAAACUAAAGGAACAUCUUGAAUAUUUUCAGUUGAAAAGUCAAAGUCUUACACACAUUAAGAUCCUGGUAGCUGGACAAAUUGGAGCGGGAAAGUCCAGCUUUAUUAACUCAGUUGUUAGUGCCUUUCAGGGAAAAAUAAUCAGUGUAGCACAAACUGAUGCUUCGGAUUCAGCAAUCAGUCACAGUUUCACACAAACACUGAAAGCGUACCGCAUCAGAAGGGCAGAUGCAGAUUUGCCGUUUGAAAUCUGUGACAUCAUGGGUUUAGAACCGCACACCUUACUUGGGAUUCAACCAGAUGAUGUUGUCAAGACCAUACAUGGCCAUGUGAAGGAGGGAUACAAGUUCACAGAGAAUCCAAUUGGUCACAAAAAUGAAUCAUACAAGGAAACACCUUCAUUGUCAGAUCAAGCAUUCUGCCUGGUGUAUGUCGUAGAUGCCAAUACCAUCCAGUUCAGCUCAAAUGAUAAUAUACUGAUCGAAAAGUUGAGGCUCAUCCGUAAGAGAAUCAGUGAUGAAGGGAUUCCUCAAGUGGUUGUCCUGACUAAAGUGGAUGAAUUGUGUCCGCUUGUCAAAAAGGAUCUACAGAAGGUCUUUUACAGCAAGAAGAUCAGAGAGGCGGUGAGGAUGUGCAACAGCAAAAUUGGCGUGCCCAUGAACUUGAUUUUUCCUGUGAAGAACUACCAUGAGGAAACUCAAACUAAUGAUGUUGCUGAUGUGCUGAUUCUCAAUGCAUUUCAACAGAUAGUUUGUACUGCUAAUGAGAGACUGAGCCAUGGUUUUUCACAUUGUUCUGAUUAGCUGAAAAUAAUGAUCAAUUACUUAAAGCAUGCUAUCAUCUUAGUAGGCGUUAUAUACAGCAUGAUGCAUUAUAGUCUACCCUUUAAAAUGGCACACACGCACAGUAUGACUGUCAGAAUUUUGACAAGUUGGCUGUGUCACAUUUCUAAAAAUGUAUGUUUAAUUGAAAAAAAAAAAAAACACUAUAAAACACUUUAUUCUGUUAAAUACAAAACAAGAUAAAGAAAGCUGUAAUUCAGAAACCACAUUCAUUGGAAAACCAAAUGCUAUGGAAGUCAAUCCUACAGGAUUUCAAACAUUUUU